UUGUAUUUCAUAGCUAUUUGUAACCACAGUAAACUCCACUCUUUGCUUUAUUCAAAGUAACACUACCAGUUAUGUGCAAAAGUAUUCAAUAGAGCUCUGUUUACAAAUCACACUUUGUCUACAGUCAAACAUUUUCAAGCAAAAUUUGAUGAGACUAUGACCAGAGUUCACUGUAACCAGUUUCUGCUAUUUCAAACCAUCUUCAAAUUUUGGGGUAUCAAAAAUUUAUAUUAGAGAGUUCACUUCACUGUAUGCAUUAUGAAGCUCUUCCCCUGCAUUUUUCUUUUUGAAUAUGUUUUCACUUUGUUAAUUUUAAAGCUAUUGUAAAUUGAAAAAACUCAAUGUGCUUGGAAAUGUUAGAGCACUAUCCUUGUUUCAUCUCAUAAUACUUGGGUAGUUUUGUAAUGAUCUUAGACUCCAGAUUUCUAUGUAUUUGAUGACAACUGAAAAACAAAUUGUUUGAAGCCAUUUGUUUGGACAUAACUGCAUAAUUUUUUACGUAACUGAGGCAAAGAUAUAUGUCCUGCAAGCUUUCACAAAUCUGAUGGGUAGCAGGAAGCAGAAAAGUCUACAAUGUAACUGCAUAGCCCCAGGGAUGCAUGUUUCUGGUUGUGAUAGUCAAAUAUUGAUGUAAAUCAUGGUUAAAAACACAAAGGGUUUGACAAGAUCUCUAGCCUUCUGCUACAAGUCACAUACACAGGUUUUGUAAUAAAAACUAGAAAUAUGAUUACAACUGAAAACAUGAUCACAAUAGACUCCUGUUUAAUUCAUUCCACUUAAAGUCACACUGCCUGUUACAGUCACACAAAAUUUGACACAAAAUAUCCAAAACUGUUAAAUUCAUCUUUUUUUAUAGUCACACUCUGCUAACAGUCACUUGACAACUCUACCAGCAAUAUUUUGGUGUGACUAUAAACAAAGUCUACUGUACAAUAUGCUUGGUAACAUAUUAGCCAAAUUUUUUAUGAAGAGCUUGACAAGUUGCACCAUAUCAAGGUUUUAUUAAUUUUGUCACAUUAUUUGGGAUUAAGGAAAAGACAUGACAUGAAAGCUUAUAAUAUUGAAAUUAUUAUCUGGACAAUAGAAGCUAAUGUAAAUCUGUUAUAGUUUCAGGUUUGAAUGUUGUAGAGAUAACUCACAGACCAAACUGAUUCACUAAUAAUUCCUUUUUCCAAACCGAUUCACCAAAACCAUAUGACCCUAAUUUCAUCCCUCUCGAUAAGUCAAGAGUUCCAGUGCAGAUACACUAGAGAUGUUAUUUUUGCUAAACAUGCAUGAGAAUCACAACUUGAUCUUUUUAUAGGACAUUCAGCAACUUUAUUCCAGUUUUUCUACAAAGCCCUCCAUAUCUCGGAAAAGUGUCCUCCUCCACCAGAUUAACAUUUAUUGGUCUAGAAAAAUUGUUUGGUGACCAUUGUUAGCUCAUUCACAGGUUGCAUCCCAGUUUUUGCACAAAACCCCUUGUAUUUCAAAGAAGCAUUCUCUCCCACCCAAUCCACAACAAGUGUUGAAUUCUACAAGAAAAACAAGUCUAGCAUAAGUUGGUUUGAUACCUGAAGGCAGUUUUGACUAUGCUACAAACACCGCUGACAUCUCACCUGAUAAAACUGCUAUAUAUAACGGACUUUAUGCACAUGGAACAUCAAUGGCCGGCCUAGCUCUUGCUAAAGCUAAUAAUGGUAAAUGUAUUGUAGGAGUGGCAUUUGAUGCAAAAUUUUCAGGUAUCAAGCUUGGCAUGGGUGAUCUUUUGGCACCAAUGAAUGAAAAUUGGGCGGAAGAAAAUAAAACAGAGAAUGAAAGAUUUGCACACGUCAUGCAAUAUGCCCAUCACAUUAAUGAUAUUUAUUCUUGCUCUUGGGGAACAAUUUCAAUGUUUUCUGACAAUAUUGGUUACAUGUCAGAACUUAUUGAAGCUGCAAUGAAGAAUGCCACCGAAAAGGGUCGAGAUGGUAAAGGUAGUAUUUACUUGUUCUCUGCUGGUAAUGGAGGACCAUUUAAUGGAAGCUGUGCUUUCAAUGAAUUUUUAACAUCCAUUUACACGAUUGGCAUAAGUGUUGUAACAGGGAAGAACAUAAAAUCACGGCAAGAUGAGCCAUGUUCUGCCAUUCAUGCUGUUACGUAUGCAAGAGAUACAUCAUUAGGAUUAAAGUACCCUGAUGAUCGCAUGCCAUCUUGUGCAUUGAAGAACAGAUGCUUAGAGAAUACCGGGGCAUCAUCUGGAGCUACAGCAGUUGCAGCAGGAAUAAUGGCAUUGGUUCUUGAGGCUAAUCCUAAUCUUGUUUGGAGAGACGUACAGCACUUGAUUGCUAGAAGCUCUUGUUCCAAGUUUUCUUCAGUUCAGUGGAAAACAAACAAAGUCGGAAUUCGAUAUAAUGAUUAUUUCGGUUUUGGGCUACUGGAUGCUGAUGCUUUGACGACGAAUGCUAAAAACUGGACAAACGUUGGCAGUCAGCUGGAGUGUACCUUCAAAUUUCCGAAUACGCCAAGGCCAAUUGACGGCGUUGCAACAAUAACAGAGUUCGUCGAUUUGUCAUCAUGGCCAAGCUUUUGUGGAGGGGAGGGACAAAGGAUCAAUUUUCUGGAACAUGUUAUUGUGCAGCUCUCCUUAAAUUUUACCCAUCGAAGAAAGAUACAAAUUGAAGUUGAGAGCCCUGGAGGAACCAAAUCAGUAAUACUACGGGCAGGAAGGAUGUGGGAUCGAAAGCAGGAGAUUAGGAACUUGUCAACUAUGUCCUUACAGUUCUGGGGAGAAAAUCCACGAGGAAGGUGGCGAGUUUGGUUGAGAAAUGUCGAGCCAGAUCCUAAGCACAAUGGAACAUUGUACGACUGGUCGUUGAAGUUAUAUGGCACCGUAAGUGACCCAUUGUCUGGAAACACAAUCGUGGCAUCUCAAAUCAGAAUAAACCAAACAAGUACAGCAUCACCACCAACAACAGAAAACUCUUCAACAUCACAUUUUGAGCAAACAACACCAACAUCCUUGUUCACAAGGUCGACAUCACUCUUAAAUUCUACAGAUCCUUGCAUUAACAAGAACUCCAAACUUUGUGGAAGUGCUUCAAGUAAGCCAAGUAGAGUUUCUUUCUUGAAUGUGAUGAUUAUAGUUUACUGUCUUUACUGUCGUUUACUAACCGUCUUUUACGUAAUAAAACAAGAUGAAAAUGUGUUAUAAUUACAUCGAGAAAAAGCUUAUUUCUGACAGUUAUCCAAAUUUCCUGAGUGCAUAACCUUAGGGUACACAAAGUUGCUUACAGCAAAAACUCUUUGUGAAUCAAGCGUUAACAUUUUUCUUUGCACUUAAACUUGAAAUCGUUAUAUUUUACAUUUCUGAAUAUAUUAAGAGUUGUUUAAGGUUUUUUCCGAAUGGCAAUUCAUCAAAAAUUCAUCCUU